AUGGGGGAAGGGGGCGCCGUGGGGCGCCGCCGGCCCUUCCCCGGGGCGCCGCGGCGGCGCUGGUGGCGGCGGCAGCAGCAGCAGCAGCGGCAGCGGCAGCGCUGGUGGCCGGGCCGCGGCGGCGGCGGCGAGGGCGCGGGGCGCGCCGCCAUGGGCCUGGCCGGGCUGCAGGAGAACGUAUUUGCCGGGCAAUCAAAGAUCUAUACCUACAUGAGCCCGAACAAAUGCUCUGGAAUGCGUUCCCCCCUUCAGGAAGAGAACUCAGUUGCACAUCACGAAGUCAAAUGCCAGGGGAAACCAUUAGCUGGAAUCUACAGGAAACGAGAAGAGAAAAGAAGUGCUGGGAAUGCCAUCCGGAGCUCCCUGAAAUCCGAAGAACAGAAGAUCAAAGACGCCAGGAGAGGUCCCCUGGCACCUUUUCCAAACCAAAAAUCUGAAGCAGCAGAACCUCCAAAAACUCCAACCUCGACUUGUGAUUCUACCAAUGCAGCCAUUGCCAAGCAGGCCCUGAAAAAGCCCCUCAAGGGAAAACAGACCCCUCGGAAAAAAGCUCAAGGAAAAACGCAACAGAAUCGCAAACUCACGGACUUCUACCCUGUCCGGAGGAGCUCCAGGAAGAGCAAGGCCGAGCUGCAGUCUGAAGAAAGGAAGAGAAUAGAUGAGUUGAUUGAAAGUGGGAAGGAAGAAGGCAUGAAGAUUGACCUCAUUGAUGGCAAAGGCAGGGGCGUGAUCGCCACCAAGCAGUUCUCCCGGGGCGACUUUGUGGUGGAGUACCACGGCGACCUUAUCGAGAUCACUGACGCCAAGAAGCGAGAGGCUCUGUAUGCACAAGACCCCUCUACGGGCUGCUACAUGUAUUAUUUUCAGUAUCUGAGCAAAACCUAC